AUGAAGUUCGCACUUGUCUUCGCCACUGUCGCCGCCGCCAUUGUUGCCCAAGACGAAGUUGCCCCGAACAACAAACCCUUCGAAAUCGUCGGCGGUCAUGAAGCAAAGGUCGGCCAGCACCGCUACCUCGCCGGCCUCAAGCCCUCGGACACUUCCGCGAGCUGGUGCGGAGGUAGCUUGAUUGCCUCCAACACCAUCUUGACCGCGGCGCACUGCACCGGCAAAGGCUUGAAAUUCGCCGUCGUCGGGACGCACCACUUGUCGGGGGCGUCCGACGGCGAGUCGGCCAGGGUCAUCAAAGAGAUCCGGCACCCCCAAUACUCGAACUUGACCAGAGCCUACGACAUGGCUGUCCUCAUCUUGGACCGCAACAUCACCGGCAUCACGCCCGUCCCCGUGUCGUUUGAGACUGUGUCUGCCAACGUCGAAACGUGGGUCCGUGGCUGGGGCAGUACGUCAGGCAGCGGCACCCAGUCCAAGGUACUCAAGGAAGUGAGCGUUCUGACGUGGGACAGUGCGCAGGCCUCGAUCGCAUUGGACAGCACUCUUGACGACUCGAUGUUGGCUGCCGGCGGCGAGGAGGGUGAAGACGCGUGCCAAGGCGACUCGGGUGGCCCGCUGACGAUCGAGCAGAACGGAGCGGCGCGCCUUGUUGGCGUGGUGAGCUGGGGUUUCGGCUGCGGCGAGCUAGGCAUGCUUGGCGUGUAUGGCCGUCUGAGCGCCGCGCGCGCCUUCAUCGAGCCGCAUUUGGCAAAGAAGAACUUGUGCGUGUCGUACGUGGUCGGGGAAGAAGCUAAAGUGGCCGACGUCGGGACGACAGAAGUCGUGGAAGCGGAUGAUUUGAUGGUGGACACUGAAGGUUCUCCGGCGAUGGAAAGCAGUAACUAG